AUGGGUUGUGAGAUCUUUACGGAUCUUGGGCUAGGAAAGUCCCCGGGCCGUUUUCCGCAGAGAUGCGGGCCCAACGAUGGGGCAAGUCUUAGGCAUUGGGUGAGCUCGGCUGAGACGUGUGUGGAGCCAUAUGGGCCGCCUUGUCGAGAUGUAUUUGGCCAACUUCUACAGGUCAGAGUCGCCCGCAAUCACAACAAGGUCGCGUCCACGUCUUACGCAACAAUGCAGAACACGAAGAAAAAGAAGACUAGCGGGCAAAACAAACCAGCCAAAACUGUACCAGAAUCCGGACGGGGACCAGAUUCCGAUCAAUGGGCGUUCAUCACCACCAGGAGCCCGAUCUCCUGGUUCUUCUGCGUGACCCUCUUCGCCCUUCUGAUUCGCCUCGCCGUUGCGCUCCACCCCUACUCUGGCGCCCAAACGCCGCCGAUGUUCGGAGAUUACGAGGCUCAGCGCCACUGGAUGGAGAUUACGGUCAAUCUUCCAGCUAAGGAGUGGUACCGCAACAGCACGAAUAAUGAUCUUCGGUAUUGGGGCCUCGAUUACCCCCCGCUGACUGCCUACCAGAGUUAUUUCCAUGGCCUCCUGUUAAAGUACUUCGAUCCUGCAUCAGUCUUGCUCCUCACCUCUCGUGGAUACGAAUCCUAUCUUGGGAAGCUGUUGAUGAGGUGGACAGUUCUGAUGUCUGAUCUGAUGAUCUUCUUUCCUGCAGUGUUUUAUUUUGUAAUUGUCUAUUACUCUGGGAAACCCAAUGAGGAAAAGAGCGGUAUGGCCUGGCACGCUGUAAUGAUUUUGUUGAACCCAUGUCUCAUUCUGAUUGAUCAUGGCCAUUUUCAGUACAAUUGUAUUAGUUUGGGGUUAGCCAUAGCAGCUGUUGCUGCUGUUCUAUCAAAUAGAGACCUUCUCGGUUCUAUGCUCUUUUGCCUCGCUCUCAACCAUAAACAGAUGAGUGCAUAUUAUGCACCUGCCUUUUUUGGCUAUCUUCUGGGCAAGUGUUUGAGGCGCCAAAAUCCGAUCCUUGAAGUCUUAAAACUAGGUUUGGUAGUGUUGGGGACCUUUGCUGUAAUUUGGUGGCCGUAUCUUUAUUCAGUGGAUGCAUCCUUGGAGGUUCUUUCUCGCUUAGCCCCCUUUGAUAGAGGAAUUUAUGAAGAUUACGUUGCCAACUUUUGGUGCACAACCUCAGUCCUGGUUAAAUGGAAGAAAUUAUUCACUACCCAGUCACUUAAAUUUCUCAGUCUCACUGCAACUGUUUCAACUUUUCUUCCUUCUAUGAUUCAGCUUGUACGGUCGCCAACCAAACAUGGCUUUCUUCUUGGGUUGCUAAACUCCUCUUUCUCAUUUUAUCUAUUCUCAUUCCAGGUACAUGAGAAAUCAAUCCUGCUACCACUUAUGCCGGCAAGCCUCCUGGCCUUGGAAGAACCAUUUGUUUUUCGGUGGUUGAUAUAUCAUGCUAUGCUGUCCAUGUUCCCUCUCGUGUGUCGUGAUCAAUUGGUACUUGCAUAUGGUGCUCUGUAUGGCCUUUUCAUCCUCCUCUACCAUGCGCCCCGUGGAAGGAAAGAUACAACCGAGACCGGUCCCUUUCCUUCCAUUUUGAAGUCAUUUGCACUUGCCUGCUCCUUUUCCCUUCAUAUUGUCUACUUGACUGUUACCCCUCCGCAUAAAUAUCCCUACCUCUUGGAAGCUGUGAUUAUGCUGUUCUGUUUCUCGCAGUUUGUCUUGAUUUCGAUAUAUUCAAAUUCGAAACAAUGGGUGGUUUCUAGGACUUCUCGAGUGGAUGACAAAAAGAAGAGCCUCUGA